UGUCACCGCCCCCACUCGAUGUUUGCACGACGCGCGUAGCUGCCUGGGUACUGUCAAAGCGGCGGGAGAGGGUAAUGUGUUACAAAGAUAUGAUUGUUGCUGCUAAACUGAAGAAACACUAAGCUACAAUUAUUCGUUAGUAGUUAUCCAAAUCGUUUACGCCGUCUAAAUCCAGGUUUUUUUGUUGAUAAUAUAAAUCCAUCACUUUUUUUGAAGCACAGGACUAUCCGAGACAAAAAGUAUUUCCCGGGAAAUUUUGUUUUGAAGAUAUUAGCUAACUGGUUUAGCACUUACAACAAUGGCGAAGGUGCAAGUACUCAAUGUUUCAGUUUUGGAUAACCCGAGCCCUUUUCGAAACCCUUUCCAAUUCGAAAUAACGUUUGAGUGCAUGGAGGACCUCCCAGAAGACUUGGAGUGGAAGAUCAUCUAUGUGGGAUCAGCAGAAAGCGAGGAAUACGAUCAAACCCUUGACUCCGUCCUUGUUGGACCCGUACCAGCUGGGAGGCAUAUGUUUGUGUUUCAGGCGGAUGCCCCUAACACAGGCCUGAUUCCUGAGAGUGAUGCUGUUGGUGUCACCGUAGUGCUAAUCACCUGCACGUAUCGUGGCCAGGAGUUCAUUCGUAUUGGCUACUACGUAAACAAUGAAUAUACUGACCCUGAACUGCGUGAAAACCCACCAAUAAAACCUGACUACACACAGCUCCAGAGAAACAUCCUCGCGUCCAACCCACGCGUCACAAGAUUUCACAUAAAUUGGGAAGGCUGUGCAGAACGUAUGGAAGACUCUGAAAACGUGGACCCGGCGUCCAACUCCAUGCUCCCUCCAUCCUGUCUCCCUGGCAAGGCCCCGCCCCUGGGACUACUGCCUGAUAACUCCAUGGACUGCUUAUAAACACUCCCAUUCUCACCAUAAUUGUUAUAUUUCAGCAUUAGGCUUAUUUUUGAAUAAUGGACUUUUCUUCUUGGGAUGUACAGAUAGGUUUGCCUCCUAGCUAACCUUGAACUCUGACCACUCUGACUGAGUGUUCUUCUGUGUUGAGAAGAUAAAUGGCGGUCAUAAUUAUCAGCAUUCAGGGGAGUUUGUAAUCGUGGCAGUAUGGUGACUAUCUUAAAAUACUGUUGAGGGCCAUACACUCGGACAAGCUGCAGCUGAGCUGGAUUACAAUAGAAUGUGUUUUUAUUGAAGCUCAUGUUGAUCUGACAAUACAAAGUAUUUUCGUGUUUUUCACAAAAAAAGAAAAAAUCGUAACA